CCUCCUAGACAAGAAUCAUCCAUUAAACAUUUGAGAAGUUCAUCAUUAUUAAAUAAAAAAGCUGAUGAACUACCCGAAAUUACCAUAUCAUCAUUUAAUUCAAAUCCUCUUGUUGAACAUUCCCCUACACGUCUAAAAAAAACUGUUCAUCGUAAAAGAUCAUCGACUAAUCAAACUCCAAAAACUGAUUUCACAAUAUCAUCACCUACCGAUGAUCUACUGUUAACAACAAAAUCAUCAUUUAAUGAUCCUUUACCAUCAACGUAUAAAAAAGAAUUAACAGUUGUAACUGUCAAUGAUAUUGAUGGUCACUCAAGUUCAUUAGAUAGUGGUUAUGAUCGUUCGGAUUCACAAAGUAUUGUGUCCGGAUUAUCAACAGUUCAAAACUCAUCGUAUCUUCGGUCGUCAGCACGUUUAACAAAUUCCAGUUUACUUGACGAAGAGUUCCGACUCGGACCUGUUAUAGGAGACAUCUUUCUGAGUUCUGUUUCAAAUUAUUCAAAUUUCUGUAUCAGUAGAAGACAGAGAUUUCUAAUCAUAGGAUCAAAACGUGACCGACAUAUCGGUUAUAACCGCUCAUCGGUUAAUCUCUAG